CGGCGCCCUCGGCGUCAUUCCCGCGCAGACACCAAAGCCACGGUGCCCGGUCGGCGUCGGUGACUCACGGAGGAGCCGUAUCGCAUCCUCGCAGUCACGUGAAAACGCACGCACGCACGUACGUACGUACGUACGGACGAGCAAACGGACGGAAGAAAGGAAGAGAGGAAGGAAGAAACGCUGUCUCGCACACUCACGGAAAAUCUUAUCCUCAUCGGAAAGCGAAGAAAAUAAAAGAAAAAGAAAGCAAACACGCGUAUGAGGAGCGACGCCCGUUUCUGCCGCAGCAUCUUCUCCACGUCUCUCUUUUUUUGGCACCUGCCUGUCCGGCAGAACCGCAGGAUCGUGCCGAGAAUUCCUCAGCAACAGAUCCGGACCGACAUCAUGAGGACAACGCCAACGAAUCUGACUGCCACGAGGCUCAUUAUGCUCUGCCUGUUGAGUGUGAUCGGUGAGUCGAAGGCGGCGAUAGAAGAAGUGCCGUCUUCGUCUCUGCACAUCCCGCGAUUGAGUCCGCUGUUGAACAACGUGGAGUACGAGGAGCCCUCGGAGAAGAGAUCGUACGCUUACGUUUCCGAAUACAAGAGGCUGCCGCUGUACAACUUCGGCAUUGGAAAACGAUGGAUCGAUAAUAACGAGGACAAAAGAACACGGCCAUUCUCCUUCGGCAUCGGUAAGCGUCUACGGGACUACAGGUUCGGCAUAGGCAAGCGUAACAACCACCCCUCGGGCUUGGAUUACUUCCCUGCCGACAACUUGGAGGCUUAUCACUCUCACGAAGACAACGCAGACGAUUUCAUGGACGAAAAGCGCGGUAACCAGCCGUUCAGCUUCGGUAUCGGAAAACGCGGCUGGAAGUUGGCCGAGGCGGCCGCGAGGAGACCGAACGCCAACGUUGUCGCUGCUCCGAGAUACCUGCUGAGCUUGGGCAAAGGAAUGGGCGAGGAUGAGGCUCAGUAGAGAGCCUCCUCGUCGAAGAGCACGGACUGUCUUUUCCUUCCUCACCCCCUCCUUCCAUGUUCGUUUCAAUCCCUGUGGACGAUCCCACGAGAGAAACGCGCGAACUUGUCUCAUCUCGGAAAAUACGAUCGGUGAUCAAGUUGAUCUCUGAAAAUUGCGUAAUUCGUCGGUUCCCCGCGGUCCGUCUCUAAUGACAAAUGACUCUGUGUCGCGCGCAAGAAAAUUAAUAAUCAUUAAUGAUAAUCGAUAUUGAUAAUCAAGUCUCAUCACGCUCCUUCUCCGUCGAGUAGCGAUCAGUGAUCACGGACUCUGUGGUUAUGAGGAUUAAAAGUUCUCGCAAUUGCGGCACACAGCUUUCUCGUUAAGUAUCCGUGUCGUUGUCACGUCAACGCCCUUUUGCAUCUAUCGCAAUGUUGGUUGCGACGCUCGUUGCGAUGAUAAUUGCAAACUCAUGGCUUGCAUGAACUUGUCGUUAGGAUAGCUAAUUAGAUAGCGAAGAGAAGUGUCAUACAAAGACUGUAUACUGUGCGGAAAAAAAUUUUGUUGGAUUAACUAAAUGUAUGUUGAAAUGUGAACGGAACAGUUUUCCGAUUGAAGUCACUAGAAUUCUGUUCAAGUUAACAAGACUUCCGAUUAGCUAGAAUUGCAAUUGUUCAAUUCGAAUAUUUGUAGGUUCUGAUUAACUAGAAAUCUUGUUUGAUUAACCGAAAUCUUAAUCUGAACAGAAUUCUGACAACUUUAGUGAGAAUUUUCGUCUAUAUUUCACCAGACAUGUGAUUAAUCCAACCGAAUGUUUUCCCGUGUAAUUAGUUGUUUCAACGCCAAACGAGUUCACGUCGUGAGUUUGUGACAUAGACUUAAGAGAUAGACUUCGCAUUCUUAUGAGACUAGAGACGAGAGUAAGGCCGAAAACACAUAGAAAAACGCAACCAAUAAGACUUAAGCACAUUGACCAACCACAAUCGAUUAUUCUACCUUACGGCCCACGAAUAAUCGAUUGUGGUUGGUAAAUUUUUAUAUUGCUUGCGUUUGUCUAUAUGAUUCCGGUCUGAAGGACAGAGAUAUGCUGAGUAAGGUGCUUUCUUUGUCACACAGUACUAUAGGAAGAGACAAAAAGAAACAUAAAAGGAAAUGAAACGGAAUAGAAGAGAAAAAAAGAAAACGCGUUGACCAUGUGAUCGCUUCUCCUCCUUUGUCCUCCGAGAGCGAAGCGAUCGUCCACGGAAGUUGAACGUUAACACAUUGCGUGCCAAGCUGAUUUUCACUAAAAACUUCCCAGAGGCCAUGUGACUUUUUCCUCAAAUUGUCGUCGUUUUUACUUCUAAAUGUUAUUUUAUGCUAAUUAUUUCACUUGUAUGAUAAUAAUCCUCUAAAAUGAAACAUGUACGACGUGGCACUGGUCGAAUUAUUAGCGUCAUUCGUGACUGAAUGACGUAGCAUUCAAUGUAUUAAAAACGACCACGUGAUCCUUCUGGGAUCUUUUUCCUUCGAAGAAUGUUCUUUAUAAGAUUUGUGCACCGUUGACAGUUUACGCUCCGCACUGUAAAUGUACACAAAACACGAUGGGAAUAUCUUUGCUCGGCUUAACCGUAGAACAAAUUUUCUGUUCUUCUUCACCGAGGCUGCCCGACUUUGUUAGCUCCUCUCGCUCUUCUCAUCGCGACUAAUAAUUCGAAUAUAUUAUGUUACGUGUUUAUUGAAGACGAAAACAAGAAAAGAGAAAAGAUAGAGAAAGAGAGGUGUUUGUUUGAAUUACAGGCAACUCGUGCUUAUAUAUUUCAACAUUGCGAUUAAUGCUUACGUUUUCGUUAGAAUAAGAUUUACUUUUCUCUGAAUGGUUUCUCAAUUUAUCUGCAAUCACGAUCCGAAUAAAAAAAGAAGGAAUACAUAUAAUUAUAUGAAUAAUUGCAUAUAAGUAUAUAUAAAUUAUAUAUAAAUUGUAUAUAACCCGUAUACAUAUAAAUUUUGUUCUUACAUGGUCGUAUUUCCAAUCACAUGUAAUUAUAUAUGUUUGUAUGAAAAGAUACGCUGCUGAGUGGAAGGAAAGAAGAUUGUGUCAUUCAAUUAAACGUCGACAUCACGAACUACAAACGUAAACAGUCACUUUAAUUGUUCAACAGCAUUUCGUAGACAUAAAUAAUUACGUAUGAUUAUUUUCGGCAGUAUAGGAAUAAAAUUUACAUACAAAGUAUCCCUAGAGGAAAGGUCAAUACUCUGGGAAAUGAUAGUAUCGGUUUAUUGGGCAAGAAAAUUCAUAUGGACAUGUGUUUCGUUCCAAAUAGUGGCCGAUAUUUGUUUUAUUUUCUAUCACUGUAAAAUUUUUGUUUAGGGUCCACUCAACAAUUACGUCACGCGAAAUUUCAAUAUUUUUAUUCCCCUACGUCAUCCCUUCGUCACAAAAUUUGAGUUUCCUCUAACAUAAAAUAACAAAAUAACUUAUACGAGAAAAGCCAUUAGCUAAAAGCAAUUUCGGUAUAAUAAACACGAAACCGAUAUUUAUUUACUGGAUGAUAUUACAAAGCAGUUAUCUGAACAUAUGUUAUGUACUCAUGUUGGCAAUCCUAUUAUCCAUGUAUGCGCAGUGUAAUAUCGUAGAUAGCCAUCCCUGUCAGAGUACACCGUCGAAGAAUAGCGAGCUGAGUCGGAAAGUGUGAAAACUUGUGAAAUUUAUUGGCAGGCUGGUAGUUAUAAAGAUUUAUAAAGAUGUUAGAUAUAUAAAGAUAUAUAAGGUUGUUUAAAUUAACGUAAAGUGUACGAGUAGGUUCAGAGAUUUACGGAGGGCAGACACAAUGCCCGCGAUGAGAGAGAACCGACCAGGAAGCCCAACAACCGUCGCGACAAACAUAAUCUAAGUGCAAAUUAAUACGCGAAUUAGUGAGUCCUGAAGAAUCACAAUUGAUAACAUCGCUGUCGAAUUUUUUUUGCCAACUUAAUAAAACGUUAUAUCGAAAUUGCUUUUAAUUAAUAACUUUCCUUCGUAAUUACAUUGAAGAAGCCUUUAUGGGGUUGCAUGAAGAAUCUACUGUAGAUACACACGAAGAGGUACACUAUACGAAUUGCUAAUUUGCACAAGUGAUACUAUUAUUCGCACAGAAGAACGUUAAGAUGAACCAAUACGAGCCACCGUCAUCUUUUCACACGGGUUACAAAGUACAUGGAUGUUAAGGGUGGAAAUUUUUGGAAAUGUAUCAUAACCUGUAAUCAAUUUGCCAUUUACACAAUAAAUAUUAGAAACAACACGUAUCCAUACAAUAUUACGUCUAAAGACGAGACAUAAGACAUCUUGAAGACGUCUUAAAAAGGUUUUAGAGACGUCUUAUAUUCCGAAGUCUUAAAAAUGACUUCAAGACGUCUUAAAGACGUCUUACGUCCCGAUUUUUAACGUUGUGUUGUGUGACUUUUUCCUCCAGUUGCUAUCCAGCAAUUUCAUUUCUAAGUGUUAUUUUAUGCUCUUUUUUUCUAUCAACAAUUUAGCAACAGCACAUUCAAACAAAUCUAUUUCGGCGAUCGAUCGAUACAGGACACACGUCUGUAUGUAACUUUUUUGUUUCUAAGAACCGAUAUCACGACCUUUCAAAAUAUUGACCUUUCUUCCUGUGGGAUGGAAUAUCCUGUAUAAUUGGACGUAAUCUUUUUUUUCUCGGGGAAUUAUAAGCACGGCAUCAACGAGAGCGACGGAAGUGGCCGAGUUGAUCGUACUUUUGCAUUUUUUGAACGAGUUACCUUCCAUGAUCUAUAAAGUAAAUUGUCACAGUAACGAUUCAAUGUCGAUUAAUAAUAUUUGUGCAGUAGAUAGGAACAGUGUCUCUCGAUGUGCUAUCCAUAUUCCCAUCUCUGUAACCACGGCAACGCUCGUACACACGUUUAUUAUUGUCCGAUAAUUAUUUCCGACCUCAUAUAAAAAAAGAAACUACUCACUACUGUAUGAUUGUACUUAUGUGCUGAAUGUGAUAAUAAAUCUUAUAAUCUUCUUCUUUUCGUCACACGUAUGACAUGUCUAUGUAUGUGUGUAUGUAUGUAUGUGUGUGUAUGUGUGUGUGCGCGCGCACGCGCGCGCGUGUGCUUGUGUGUUCACCUUCAAUACCGCUUGCGACAUUAUCAUUUUAGUUGCUGCAGUCAAGUGAGAAUUUAUCGAUGAGGAAUGUCAUCCCGAUUUAUCGUGCGCGAUGCAUAUAUUCGCCAGCAUGAUUUAUUAAGUGUAUACCAUUAUAAUAAACGAUGAAUGCA